AUGGUUGUUGUGACCAGUAACCAAGCCGUCGAUACCUACAUUUCGCUCGCAAAGCCGAUUUUUUAUUUGCCAAGGUUUGCCAUUAAGAUGCUUGUUCCGCUUUUCGAGGUCACGGCACGUAGCGGAGUUAUUGGAGCGUCGUUGGCUCUGCUCUGCUUGCUCGGAGUGCCGUUUGGCUUCCUUUUUCUGGUCCUAGCAUUUUUCGGCGACGCUCAGCCUUCGCCAUUUAUGGAAUGGCUGUUGGAACUGGCCGGCGUGGCUCCGCUAUAUUUUGGUGUGCAUUCGGCGGUCAACAACUUAAUACUCAUCCUCGCCACAAAACCCUACCGCGAGCGAAUUUCCUCAUUAUUGAAGCUUAGCGGUCCGAUGGCUACGGUCAAGCUGAAUUCUUCGGGUCCCAUUGUGGUCGAAGCGGGCCCAACGGUUCGCCCGAAAUCUGACAGUGGCUUGAAA